GUAGCAGUAGCUUGCUAAUUUGUCUCUUGCAGUAAUGAAAAGUGUUCUUCGUCGUUGUUCUUCGUCGUUGUUGAGAACGGAUACCACUUGAAAUGGCGUUCCUCUUCUACUGAGGAUAGACCUCCAGCUCGUCCCUUUUGAAUGAAAUAGCACAAGUUCAAGUAGCUUCUUGCUAUUGAAAGUGCUCCUCGCAACGACCUACUCAUGCGCAUCAAAAGUAUAGUCGUAUGCAACAGAAGUGGUGGACAAACAAAGAGAGCGGGACCGAGAGCUGCUACACCGAUUGUUCCAUCAAACUCCGAAGUCAGUGAAUCUGAACAAGGCGAAAGUGGGUCUCAUUCACGGAAAGAACUCAGUACUGUUUUACUUAUGCAGGAGUCCUUUCGCCUUCACGCCGCUUCGGCACACGACCUUUACUAGCUGUGAAUUCUUCAGCUUCUGGUCGUCGUGCUGGCCCGAUCGUGCCCCGGCAGCGCGACCGAUGAGCGAUGCCAUUCCGAGAGACGGAGACGUGCCAGUGCCAGUGUUGCUUGAUGCUUUUUUUCCAGUCUUUAUCUACGGUGGAGUUGUUUUCUCAUGGCAAUUUCAAGAAAAGUUGUAAAGACGUCGCAUCGCAUAUGCGAAGUACUUACGUACUUACCGUUUUUCGUAUCAUUUCAGUGCUCAUUUCUUUACUCAUAGUAUCAAACUCGCACAACUUGCUUUCACUUCUAUAAUUGCUGGUAACGCGGCGGCAACGUGUUCGUCCCUUGUUUCCGCAAAGAUAUGUUGCGCUCCGCGUCCAGUUCGUCUCGGUUGCGGUGCCGAAGUGGACAUCAAAAAAAGAUGCAGCACUUCCACGCGUUCCACCCCGACCCCGCAUCUUCAAGCACCUUCACGACUUUCCGCUUAGUGCAGCUGCUGCCCCUGCAGCCCGCCGCGCACGGCAGUCCAUUCCUCCCACUAGUCCAACAUCAUCUCCACCGACUACACCAGACCAAUUCCUUCACCACCGCGGCUUCCGUUACCUUCAACCGCGGCGCCGUUUUCAAGCCCACCGCCGUGAUUGACCCGAGGAGAAAAAAGAAAUUUUUCCGCAUUUUCGUCCCCCUAGCCGCUCUUUCGGCGACUGUUUUGACCUGGGAGUUGUACCUGCGCAAUAAUUAUUUGCAGGACUGUGAACAACGGAGGAAAAAGUUUGAGAAAGAGAUGAGGACGGCGAACAUCGGGGUGAGUUACUACGGGCAGCUCUUCGGUUUCACGGUGGACAGAACGAUCGAGGAAAAGCUGGAAUCCGGGGAUUUGCUUUUCUACAAGAGAAGAGUAGCGGCCCUACCGUUUCACGAGGUGGUGACGGAGGUUCUGAGUAGUUUGCGAGAGCGUGUGACGACGAGGAGUAGAGUUUUAUUGUGGGAAGGCAAGAAUGCUGCUGCAGGUGAAAGUUAUCCGGCGACGGUUCCGAUAAAGGCAAGUGCCGCUUCAUCCUCUCCGUCUUUCCUACCGGAUCUUCUGACCACAACGCAAACGAAAGUGGCCGUGGUGCGACAGGACGCCGCGGCGACGGCAAAUACAAAGAUCAAAGUAGACACCUACCCUGAGCCCACGGUGGCCGGUGUUUUCUACAACGAAUGGCUUGCGGACCCGGAGCGCGCGGAUGUCAUUUUGCGGAAACUGGAGCCGAUUGUCAUGACUGCCGCGACCACGCAAAUAAAUGCAGACCAUGAUACAACUCCAGCUGCGUCUUCGCAAAUAACUAUAGGAACACCUCCAGCGGUUGUUCAGGAGUUAGAAGAAGACGAACCUAUUGUGCCAGUUGUGGAGAACUGCAAAACGGUGACGGUAGCCGAUUUUCGCAACCUCGUAAACACUGGGCAGCAGCAGCAGCAUGAUAGUUUACUCGACUUAACUGCUGCAACGGUUGAGGAAGUAAAAGGCGGAGGUGUGCUGCUGAGAAAUGUUACUUGGCAAGGAGAUGCGCCGCUUGUCUCCUCUACUGCUCCGAAACAAAAACCGAUCGAAAAUAUCUUGAUCAUCGACUGCAACCUCGGCGCAGAGGUAAUUGUGCGAUAGUUGCACCAUUUGCAAACUUCUGUCUCUUUUCCUUUUAUAUACAGAAAGCUUAAUCUGUACACCGCACAGGGAUUGGAUUUGGAACUGGAAGAAC